AUCUUUCGACUUUUGUCCACCAUAUUGUUGAUGUGUCACGUGACGAGAGAGCAGUGAGGUGAAUGCGCCGGGUCAAAUUCGCUGGAACAGUCAAAAAUUCACGUGUGUUAAUUGAUACAGCAGCCACAUAUACUCGGAAAAAAUGGAUCCACGAAAAUUAACGGAAUUACUGCGCGCAACGAUAGACCCGGCCCAGCAGAAGCAAGCUGAGGAACAACUCAAUCAGAUUCACAAAAUCAUUGGGUUUGCACCAAGCCUUUUGCAGGUAGUAAUGUCCACAGAAGUAGAUAAUCCUGUAAGACAAGCUGGUGUGAUAUAUUUAAAAAAUCUUAUCACAACAAAUUGGGCUGACCGAGAGGUAGAGAAUGGUCCAGUACCAUUUAGUAUUCAUGAACAGGAUCGUGCUAUGAUACGCGAUGCAAUUGUUGAUGCUGUAGUACAUGCACCAGAACUUAUCAGAGUGCAACUUGCAGUAUGCAUAAGCAACAUCGUAAAACACGACUUCCCUGGACGGUGGACACAAAUUGUAGACAAAAUCACAAUUUAUCUUCAAAAUCCAGAUGCUUCCUGCUGGCCUGGCGUUCUCUUAGCUCUGUAUCAACUUGUUAAAAACUUUGAAUACAAGAAAGCAGAGGAGAGAGGACCAUUAAAUGAAGCAAUGAACCUCCUGUUUCCUAUGAUUUACCAACUGAUAUUACGAUUGCUACCAGAUCCUUCAGAACAGUCGGUUCUUUUGCAAAAACAAAUACUCAAAAUUUUCUUUGCUCUUACUCAGUACUCACUUCCCCUGGAUCUUAUCUCGAAGGAGGUAUUUUCACAAUGGAUGGAUGUGGUGCGGCAAGUUGCAGAUAGACCAGUUCCACUCGAAACUAAUAAUCCUGAAUUAGACGAUGAUGAACGAGCAGAAUUACCAUGGUGGAAAUGUAAAAAAUGGGCUCUUCAUAUUCUACACAGAAUGUUCGAAAGAUACGGAAGCCCAGGAAACGUAACCAAAGAAUAUAAAGAAUUUUCGGAGUGGUACCUGCAAACUUUCAGUGGCGGAAUACUCGAGGUCCUUUUAAAGAUUUUGGAUCAGUAUCGCAGAAAAAUUUACGUCUCGCCAAGAGUUGUGCAGCAAUCUAUUAAUUACAUUAAUCAAGGAGUGAGUCAUGCAUUCUCGUGGAAAUUCCUGAAGCCACACAUGUUUGAAAUAAUUCGUGAUGUAUUGUUUCCAAUACUAUCUUAUUCAACAGCAGAUGAAGAACUUUGGAAUAACGACCCUUACGAAUAUAUAAGGGUUAAAUUUGAUAUUUUCGAAGAUUUUGUUUCGCCAGUGUCUGCAGCGCAGACACUUCUUCAUUCAGCAUGCAAAAUACGAAAAGACAUGCUGCAGAAAACUAUGCAAUUCUGUAUGGAGGUUUUAACCAGUCCUAACGCAGAUCCAAGACAGAAAGAUGGUGCAUUACACAUGGUCGGAAGUGUAGCUGAUAUAUUGCUCAGGAAGAAACUUUAUAAGGAACAAAUGGAUAAGAUGCUCCUGCAGUACGUGUUUCCGGAAUUUAACAGUCCUCAUGGCCAUAUGAGAGCAAGGGCAUGUUGGGUUCUACGCUUCUUUUCCGAGAUUAAGUUCAAACAGGAACAGAUUUUGGUGGAAGCAAUUAGAUUGACCACUAAUGCUCUCCUGACUGAUCAAGACUUACCUGUCAAAGUAGAAGCUGCUAUAGCUUUGCAAAUGCUUUUGUCUGCUCAAGACAAAGCUGAAAAGUACAUUGAACCAUUAGUAAAGCAAAUUACGUUGGAACUUCUGACGAUCAUUAGAGAAACUGAGAAUGAUGACUUAGCCAGUGUUUUACAAAAGAUUGUCUGCACAUAUACGGAGCAAUUGAUGCCUAUUGCUGUGGAAAUUUGUCAGCAUCUUGCUGCGACGUUUAGCCAAGUCCUGGAAACAGACGAAGGAAGCGACGAGAAAGCUAUUACAGCUUUAGGACUCUUGAACACUAUUGAAACUUUGUUGACAGUUAUGGACAAGCAACCUCAAAUUAUGGCGCAACUGCAACCAACUGUUUUACAAGUAGUGGCCCAUAUUUUUGGUCAAAGUGUCAUGGAGUUUUACGAAGAAGCUCUGUCACUAGUUUGCGAUCUGACUGGUAGAUCCAUUUCAGAAGAUAUGUGGAAAGUUCUGGAGUUGAUAUAUCAACUAUUCCAGAAAGAUGGCUUCGAUUAUUUCACUGACAUGAUGCCAGCUCUGCAUAAUUAUAUCACUGUAGAUACACCAGCUUUUCUAUCUAACACGAAUCACAUUCUGGCUAUGUUUGAUAUGUGCAAGGCUAUAUUGACUGGUGAGGCUGGAGAGGAUCCUGAAUGUCAUGCAGCAAAAUUACUUGAAGUUAUUAUACUGCAGUGCAAGGGCCAUAUAGACCAGUGUAUACCUUCCUUGGUACAACUGGUUUUAGAGCGUUUAACACGUGAGGUCAAGACCUCAGAAUUAAGGACUAUGUGUCUUCAAGUGGUCAUCGCAGCUUUGUACUACAAUCCUGCACUUUGUCUCCAGGUCAUGGACAGACUUCAGGGAAGUCUGGGACAGUCAACCGAGCCAAUUGCUUCUCACUUUAUUAAACAAUGGAUACACGACACAGAUUGUUUCCUAGGUUUGCACGAUCGUAAGCUGUGCGUCCUGGGACUUUGCACUCUAAUUAGUAUGGGACCUGCCAGACCACCCGCAGUCAAUGAAUGUGCACAGCAGAUUAUUCCAUCAUUGAUUUUACUCUUCGACGGCCUUAAAAGAGCUUAUGCCGCCAAGGUGAUUGAUGGCGAUGAUGAAGAGAAUGACGAUGAAGAAAGUGAUCUCGAUGAAGAGGUUCUAUCCUCCGACGAAGAUGAAAUCGAUGAUGCCGGUCAAGAAUAUCUUGAGAAACUCCAAGAAAAGGUAACGAGAGCUUCAACUCAGCAUGGUUUCAACGUUACGGGUGCCAUACAGGAUGGUCAUGGAGACCACAGAUCCGAUGACGAUGAUGAUGACGAUUCAGAUUACGAAGCUAAUGAGGAAACUGCUCUUGAAAGUUACGUCACACCUUUAGACUCUGACGAUACUAAUCAGGAUGAAUAUGUUGUCUUCAAGGAAGUCAUGCAAAAUAUUGAAAGAACAGAUCAGCCUUGGUACGAAGCUUUAACCAGUCACCUGACUUCGGAGCAGCAUAAAGCUUUGCAAGAAAUUAUUGUCCUGGCUAAUCAACGUAAAGCAGCCCUGGAGAGCAAACGAAUUGAACAAAGUGGUGGUUAUGCCUUUCACUCGCAGACUGUGCCCACCUCAUUUAAUUUCGGUGGUACUACUCUAGGCCGAUAAGGAAUCUUAACGUUUCUAUUUUAGACUAAGUAAGUGACGGAAAAAAAAAUUAUAAAAACUGAAUUGAACACUUAUAGCACGCGACUGUAACAUGAUCACUUCGAAGACAUUAUGCAUUUCCUAUUAACUAUUUUUGUGUAAACUACUUGUAAAUGAAUAAGGCAAUCGGACGAACUCUUAUUCUAAAGCUGUUCAAGGAGUUUCAUUUCUCUGAGAUCAUCCUUCCGUGUAAUGUCUUGUUUUAAUCAGUCGAUACGCCAGUGCCCGCAAUUCUAAUCCUUUGUCACGCGACGGUAUAUAAUUCGUUAAAAAAAACAUCUCGGACACUAAUUUAUUAUUUGAAUAAUUGUACAAUUUUUAUCAUGUCCAGUGAGCUGUACUGUGUAUUAUAAUUGGACAAAUUAUAAAUUAAUUUAAUCGCUGUCUGAAUAAUACUUUCGGUGAAAAGGAUAGUAACGCGAACAGCUGGCUGGAUGCGUAUUCUCGUCCAAGGAAUGAAAAUGCUAUGUCUCUAUCCUUCGCAAGGUCUUAUAUUACAAGCUAUCAAAAAAGCAUGUUUUGCUUUAUACAAAGUUUGUUAAAGAAAAGGUUUAAAAAAAAAAAAAGAACGAAGAGGGAAGAAAUAUGUUAAAUUGUUGGUAUAUAAAUAUAUGGAAGGCUAAUUUUUAAUACA